AUGCCUCCCAGGAAGAAAGUAACAGCAGCCGACGUGUCUGACGCGUUAAAACCACGCUCGACGCGUUCCAGCACGAGAGCGAAGGCCCCUACUUCCAAGGCAUCUGCUGCGAGCGCCCCGGCGAGUAAGGGGAAGGCGAAGCGUGCUCGUGAUGCGUCCGAAGACGAUGAAGACAAGGAGGAAGAGCCUGAGAACAAAAAAGCGAAGACAGACUCUACAGCUGCGGCUGCAGUUGUGGACAAUGUACAACAGGACCCGCCGGCGAAGAUGGUUACCGUCAUUAAGAGAGGUGCAGCACCGGUUGAUCCUUGUUCUGGUUAUGUCGACACCCACCAGGUGCUCGCUACUGAUGAUGGCGUCUGGGAUGCAACACUUAAUCAAACAGACGUCGGGAAGAACGCGAACAAAUUCUACGUGAUUCAAGUACUGCACCCGGUCGGAAACAUCGAUAACUGCACGUUAUUCACGCGCUGGGGUCGUGUUGGCGAGAAUGGGCAGCAACAAAAUAAGGGUCCUUUCAUGUCCACUAUCGCCAUCAGUGAGUUCAAGAAACAGUUCAGAGCAAAAGCUUCUGUUGCAUGGGAGCAAAGGCAUGGUAUGGUCGCCAAGAAAGGAAAAUACCAGUGGAUCGAGCGUGUCUUCGAAGAUGAGGAUGAGUCGAAGGAGGAUAAGGGUGAGGGUGAAGGCCCUUCAAAACAAGAGGUCGAGAAGAUACCCGACUCUACUUUGCCGACAGAGAUACAGACUCUGUGUAAACUGAUUUUCUCAGCAAAGUUGAUCGAUGCUCACCUGUCCUCCAUGAACUACGACGCAAACAAACUCCCGCUUGGCAAACUUGCGAAGUCGACAAUUCUCAAUGGAUUCUCUGCGCUCAAAGCGCUAUCGGAAGUGCUCAGUCAACCUAACGGCGAUACUGCUACGCAGUACGGGGGUUUUCAAUCUGCGACUGCAGAGCUCACAGGACGGUACUAUUCGAUUAUUCCCCAUGCAUUUGGGAGAAAUAGACCUACCGUCAUCGACAAUUUAGAAUUGUUGAAGAAGGAACUCGACCUGGUCGACGCACUCGGUGAUAUGGAAGUGGCCUCGAAAAUUAUAUCCUCUGCCAUACCGCGAAAUGACCAAGGAGAGCCCGUCAACCCGAUGGACGCCAACUUUCUUUCUCUACGUCUCACCAAUAUGUCUUCCAUCGCACAGAGCAGCAAGGAGUUCGACGUACUGCAGACCUAUGCCCGCGAUACGCACGGGGCGACACACCGACACUACCAAGUGCAGGUGCAGCACGCGUUCCGUGUCGAGAGACAAGAGGAGACGGACGCUUGGAUGAAAGCUGGGCAUGACAAGCUUGGAGACGGAGACCGAUUGUUAUUGUGGCACGGCUCCCGGACUACCAACUUCGCAGGUAUCCUCAAGCAGGGUCUGCGCAUCGCACCUCCGGAAGCGCCUGUUUCUGGAUACAUGUUCGGCAAGGGUGUCUAUUUUGCGGAUAUGAUGUCUAAAUCUGCGAACUACUGCCACGCAUAUUUAAGCGAUAACACGGGCCUGCUUCUUCUUUGCGAGGUCGCUGCGAAACCGUUCUUCGAGCUACAUAACAGCGAUUACGAGGCUGGCACCGCAUGCAAGCAGGCGGAAAAGAGAUGCACGAAAGGCCUCGGCCGCACUCAGCCAGCAGCGUGGCAGGACGCCGGAGCCGCUCUAGAAAAUGACGCUCUCAGAGGUGUUCACAUGCCCAAGGGGCCCGGGCAGGAAGGCGCCGACGCGCAGGCGAGACUGCAGUAUAACGAGGUGCGUUCGCCUGCUGUUGCAUGCUGGGGCGAGAUGCCGUCGUGCUAA